AUGAAGACAGUACCACCAUCUUUCAAGGCUAUUUUUUACACAAAAUCUUUAGAGAGUCUGGAGCAGAAGCUGAUAAAAGACGGCAGGGUUGGCAUUUCCAAUGGUAGGGGGCUCGGACCGUCCCUCCGCGGGACCCUCCCGUUGGGACAAGGCCGAUCGCCUGGGCGGUUGGAGCCGCUAUCCUGGCGCGAGACGGUGGACAAGUCCUAUAUUCAAGAGAAGAUAACUCUGAACAGUUUCGAAGGAUCUAAAACGUAUGUGUCUGCAGACAUCAAUGAGGAUGAAGAAUUAGUAGAAGAGAUUAAUAGAUCAAAAACGUUUGCUGGCUUUGCAGGUGGUGGGCCUGCCUGGGCCCGGCGCGAUGGAGGAGACGCCCUGAGGGGCCUUAGCUGCCCUGAAGCGGUAGACAGGUGGCAACGUGGAGGCUCAGGAGUUGACAGACACAAGAAAGCAGCGCCGAACUGCAGGUUUAUCCGCAGCUUUUAUUUUGAAAACAGUGCCACGAAACCUGCAAAUCCUGGUGUCCCAAAUAGUCAAUACCAAGCUGAAAACCGUCUGGGAGAGGAAAAGCGUUGUGCUUUAGACAGGCCGUCUGAGACUCGUGCAGACCGGCUUUUGAGAGCUGAACAGGUGGUGGAUAGAUCAGACUCCAUACACCCAAGGAGCCCCGCCAUGCAUAGUGAAGAAGCUAGAUUACAGUCGUUUCACAACUGGCCAGCCUCUGCCCACUUGACCCCGAGAGAGCUGGCCAGUGCUGGGCUGUACUACACAGGCACUGAUGACCAAGUGCAGUGCUUCUGUUGUGGCAGAAAACUGAAAAACUGGGAACCUGGUGAUCGUGCCUGGUCAGAACACAGAAGACAUUUUCCUGAUUGCUUCUUUAUUUUGGGCCACAGCGUUAAUAUUCGAGGUGAAUCUGAUGUUGCGAGUUCUGAUAGGAAUUUCUCAAAUUCAACAAGUUCUCCAAGGAAUCCAUCCAUGACGGGUUAUGAAGCCUGGCUCAUUACUUUUGGGACAUGGAUGUACUCCGUUAACAAAGAGCAGCUUGCAAGAGCUGGAUUUUAUGCUAUAGGUCAAGAGGAUAAAAUACAGUGCUUUCACUGUGGAGGAGGGCUAGCCAACUGGAAGCCCAAGGAAGAUCCUUGGGAGCAACAUGCUAAAUGGUAUCCAGGUUGCAAAUAUCUGCUAGAAGAGAAGGGACAUGAAUAUAUAAACAACAUUCAUUUAACCCGUUCACUUGAGGGAGCUCUGGUACAAACUACCAAGAAAACACCAUCACUAACUAAAAGAAUCAGUGAUACCAUCUUCCCUAAUCCUAUGCUACAAGAAGCUAUACGAAUGGGAUUUGAUUUCAAGGACAUUAAGAAAAUAAUGGAGGAAAAAAUUCAAACAUCUGGGAGCAACUAUAAAACGCUUGAGGUUCUUGUUGCAGAUCUAGUGAGCGCUCAGAAAGACACUACAGAAAAUGAAUCGAAUCAGACUUCAUUGCAGAGAGAAAUCAGCCCUGAAGAGCCGCUAAGGCAUCUGCAAGAGGAGAAGCUUUGUAAAAUCUGCAUGGACAGACAUAUCGCUGUUGUCUUUAUUCCUUGCGGACAUCUGGUCACUUGUAAACAAUGUGCUGAAGCAGUUGACAGAUGUCCCAUGUGCAACGCAGUCAUUGAUUUCAAGCAAAGAGUUUUUAUGUCUUAAUGUAACUCUACAGUGGGUGUGCUAUGUUCUUAUUACUCUGCUUAAAUGUGUGAUGUGAACCAACUUUAAGUAGUCAGCACUGAAUUCCAUCAGCAUUUGCUGCCAAGUAGAAAAAAAAAAAUGCAAGCCAGGCGUGGUGGCUCACACUUGUAAUCCCAGCACUUUGGGAGGCCGAGGUGGGAUCAUCCUGGCCAACAUGGUGAAACCCCAUCUCUGCUAAAAAUACAAAAAUUAGCUGGGAGUGGUGACACGUGCCUGUAGUCCCAGCUACUUGGGAGGCUGUAGCAGAAGAAUCGCUUGAACCCCGGAGGCGGAGGUUGCAGUGAGCCGAGUUUGCACCACUGCACUUGACAAGAGUGAGACUCCGUCUCAAAAAAAAAAAAAAAAAAAAAAAGCAAAAGGAAGUGCUUUAUUUGGCAAGCUAAACUUUGAAUUUUUGCAUUUUUUCAGGGUAUUAGCUGUAGUAUUUAUUCAUUGUUUUCUGUUGUUUAAUUGAAACCCUAGGCCAAGAAAUAUUGUAUUAUAACUGAUCACAAUAUAUGUUUGUGGUAUACUGACUUAGUUUCUAAGUGUAAGUGAAUUAAUCAUCUGAAUUUUUUAUUCUUUUCAGAGAGGUUUAACAAAUGGAGCAUUCUGUAUAAACAUGGAGAUUGGAGUUAAUGCACCAAUCAUAUAACUGAUUUUGUGUGGAAAAGGAAUGAACUGUUCCAUACUGGUGGAAAGAUACAUGUUAAAUUUAGAUGUCUGUGUUUUAGGAUUCUGUCCAUUUUCUUUUAAAAUUAUAAACAUGUACUUGCGUGAAUGAAUUUUUAAACGCGAAGAAUAAUUGUUUAGGCCAGGCUUGGUGGCUCACACCUAUAAUCCCAGCACUUUGAGAGGCUGAGUUGGGCAGAUCACUUGAGCUCAGGAGUUCAAGACCAACCUGAGUAACAUAGUGAAACCCCUGUCUCUACUAAAAAUACAAAACAAAACAAAAAAAUUAGCCAGGUGUGGUAGCGCAUGUCGGUGGUCCCAGCAACUGGAGAGGCUGAGAUGGGAGGAUCCCGUGAGCCGGGGAGGUGAAGGCUGCAGUGAGCUGAGAUUACAACACUGCACUCCAGCCUGGGUAACAGAGUGAGACCUUGUCUAAAAAAAUAAAUAAAAUAAAAAAGAAGAGUUGUUUAAAUACAAUUAAAAACAGUCAAAAAUGGGUAAAACUGGAAGUUCAAAAAUGCUUCAUAGAACCCUCAGGGUUCACAUUUCAAGAUUCUCAAAACAGAUGUAUUGCAGAUGUGAGUUACUACAGAGAAUAGUUUGAAAGUCAAACUGUUAACAAUUAUAUUUUUGUUGUAUUUUCUAACAGAAAGAGUAUUUUUAUGGUCUCCUAAACUCUGUUGAUUACUAAGUAGUAACCAACAAAGUUGAUGUAAACGAAUAAGUAAUACUCGUUUAAAGCACUGCAAAUUUAAAUGAGAGUUUUAAAAAUUAAAUUAUAACUGCCUUGUUCCUAUUUUACUAUGCAAAUCCUUAGCUCUUCACCUUAGCACUGUCUGCCACUUCAGUGUGGUUAUAUAAAAUUGCAUUUGACCUGUAAUAUUCAACAUUUUAAAAUCUUAAUUUAAAGCACCCUACAAGGGAAGAAAAGAGUGACAAUUUUUAAAAUAUGUUUUCCAGGGCACUUCAGCUCCAAGUCAGAUCAGUAGUUCAAUCUAGUUAUUAGCCAAGGAAUCAAUAAUUGAAUUGUUUUAACGUAAGUGUUUUCCUGUUUGGGGAACCUCCAUUCAGUAAAAUUUAUUUUUUAAAAAGAGAAAUACUGAAUGAUCUUACUUAUGUGUAGAAUGCAAAAUAGUCGCACUCAUAGAAUCAGAGAGUGGGAUGGUGGUUGCCAGGGGCAGUAGGGGAGAGAAAUGGGAGAAAGUUGGUCAAAGGAUACAAAGAGUAAUGUAUGCAAGAUUAAUAAUUGCUGGAGAUCUAAUGUACAGUUUAGGAAUGACUGUUUAAAAAUACUAUAUUGUUAUGUGUGAAAUUUUCUAAGAGAAUAGAUCUUAAAUUUCAUCUUCUCACCCCCCACACGAAGAUGGUAACUAUGUGGAGGUGAUAGGUAUGUUAAUGAACUGGAAUAUAGUAAUCAUUCCACAAUAUACCCUAUGAAAACAUCAAGUUCUUCUUCUUCCGUAU